UUGCAGGAAAUUUAUUGCAACAGCCAUGUGCCGACAGCUGGGCCGCAUGACCUGCCACCGUUACGAAAUGGUCACAGCAAUGGGACGCAUCGGAGUAAUGGAUUUCGCCGAGACGCCGGUCUCAAUGACCUGAAAAUCGCUCACGCUAUCAAAGCGACUCAAGUCUCGAAGCCGUAUCCUAAAAUCAAGCAUGCCGGCGCACGAUACGUUGUGGAAGAAUGGGAGCGAGCAUUGGCCGAUUUCGCACGCCGAUAUGAGAAAGGUCAAGUGGGGAGCAAGAAUAAAGAAGAACUCAUCCGGCACCUGACGAUAAAACGGGACAGGAGACUGGAAACUUUGCAACAGCAACGCAAGGAACGUGAACGACUGCAGACCGCAGAACUGGUCGACCGGCAAGCCAAAGAGAUGCUCGAGCUGUUCAAGCAGGCGCGAGUAGUAAGGCUUCAUCAGUUUCUGGCGCUAGCAUUUGCCUAG